AUAUAUGAACUGCGAACUCCUCUACAAUUAUACACGUGGUGAUGUGCGUCGAAUCAAAAAGACUUGUUUUUAGUGAAUCAAACAAUAAGGUUUCGGAGAUCGGAGCUUGUUUUGAGGUCUCUUCAAAUGCAACUCUAAUAUUUUUUGCAUGAGUAUGUACAGUGUUUAGUUACUCCAAGCAUCCUUGAAUGUCUCAACAGACUUUCCAGCAUUCCAACACGUAGACAAUAAUAAAACCGAUUAUGUUCACGAGAUACAUUUGGUUGCUUCUUCUUUUUUGGGGGGCUUAUGUCUUGUUAUCGAACAAUUAUUAUGUAGAGCUAGUAGAAAAAUAUUUAACAAAAUUCCUGGAUGAUUUUUCUCAAGUUAUCAAUGAAAAUGAAGAGAUUAUUGUUAAUAAUAAUGGUAAUAAGGGAGAAGAGAGAAUUUGGACUCGAGAGGAAUUGGAAAAAUUUAGAACUUUGGAAAAAGGAUUGUAUCUGGCAAUAUUAGGUCAGGUUUUUGAUGUCACCAAAGGAGAAAAGCAUUACGCUCCUGGAGAAACAUACCAUCCAUUCACUGGUCGCGAUGCCUCCCUGGCUUUUAUAACCGGGGAAUUUACAGAAGAAGGUCUGAUAGACGACAUUUCGAGUUUAUCUGCUCAACAAACAAAAGCCCUGAAUGGUUGGGUCGAUUUUUAUACCAAGACCUAUUCUUACCAAGGGAAAUUAGUCGGUAAUUUCUACAAUUCAGAUGGAACUCCAGCAGCGGGAUUUUAUAAUCUGCAAGAAAAAUUGAAAGAAGCGGAGCAGAGCGAAUUUCGAGAUGCAAAAAAAAAUCAAAUCUUUCCUCCCUGUAAUAUCGAAUGGCAGUUGGAUACCGGUACAAGAGUCUGGUGUACAACUUCUAGUGGCGGGAUUCAUCGAGACUGGGUCGGAGUUCCAAGAAUGUUUUUCGAAAAUCCAACAUCAAAACAACACCGCUGUGUCUGUGUAAAUCUCGACUCUAAAGAUUUCAAAGAAAAUCAAGGGAAUUUUCGAGAAUUCAACGAAUGCUUAACAGAUUCGAGUUCGUGUGUAAUCAAAAUCGAGAACGAGUGAAAUUGCAAAUUAUUGUCUUUCUGCGCUACAUAAAAGUGUACAGUUUUGUAUUAUUGCUAAAAAAAUAGAAAGAGAGCGUAGAGAAAUGACACUUUGUAUAAGUGUAAAAGUCGUCGAAACUUCAUAAAUAAAACUUCACAUUGCGCA